AUGCGCGUCUAUUUCUCCGCGCCAUCCUCGACCCCGCGCUGGUGCAAGUCCGCCGUGUCACUCUUGCCCUCAUCCGCCUUCAACCCUAUCCUCUCGACUAUGCCCGCAGAGACGGCGCUGUACGACCUCCUCGGAGUGUCACCUACCGCCACCGAAGAUGAUAUCAAAAAGGCGUAUAGGAAGAAGGCCAGGGAACAUCAUCCAGACAAGAACCCAGAUGACCCGGAAGCUGGUCAAAGGUUUCAAGAAAUGGCCGCCGCGUACGAGAUCUUAGUCUCCGCAGAGACGAGAGAAGCGUAUGAUCGCUACGGGAUGGAGGGUAUGGCUCGAGGAGGAGCAGGAGGGGGUUUCGGCCCAGGAGUGAAUCCCGAAGACAUCUUCGCGGAACUAUUCGGUGGUAUGAGCUUCGGUUUCGACUUCGGCGGGCCAGGAUCGCGCGGCCCAAGGCGAACAAAGGGCCAGGAUUCCAAUAUUCCGUACGAGGUUACACUAGAAGACUUGUACAACGGGAAGACUGUCAAGAUGAAUAUGGAGAAGGAGAUCGUAUGUGGUGUCUGCAAAGGUUCCGGGGCGAAGGGGAGCGCUAAACCUAAACCUUGCGUCAAAUGCGAUGGCAAGGGGUGGACUAUAGUCACAACGGCACUUGGUGCACAAAGACUUGGCACCCACAGGGCCAUGUGUACAGAAUGCGGGGGACAUGGCGAAAAGCUGCGGGAAAAGGACCGGUGUAAAAAGUGCAAGGGGAGCAAGACUGUCAAGGAGAAGACUCGGCAAGAGAUUUACAUCGAGCGCGGCAUGGCGGACCGACAACGAAUCGUGCUCGCAGGUGCGGGCGAUGAGGAACCGGGCAUACCGCCAGGAGACGUGAUCUUCACAUUGAAGACUCGCCCACAUGAGUCGUUCGAGCGUUCGGGCAACGACUUGCUCACGACCGUUCACAUCACGUUGUCGGAGGCGUUGCUUGGGUUCGACCGUAUCCUCCUUACCCACUUGGACGGUCGAGGCGUGCAGGUCAAGAGUCCACCUGGGAAGAUCAUCAAGCCCGGUGACAGCAUCAUCCUUCGUGGGGAGGGUAUGCCGCACUAUAAGACGCCCGACCACAAAGGCAACCUCUACGUCAUGCUGGAAAUCGACAUGCCAGAAGAAACCUGGCUCAAGACUGUCGAUACAAAUGCUUUGGCAGCACUCCUGCCGCCGAAGAAGACCGAAAUGGAGCCGAGGCCUGCAGUAGUAGACGAGGUGCCAUUUGAAGAGAGCGACAUCGUCGACGUGCGUGAAACGCCUUUCCCCGCUGGCUCAAACUUCUUUGACCACGCUUCUGGUUUCCAGUUCGGCGAAGGCGACGAAGGCGACUGGGAGGACGACGAGGAUGAGGACGACAGCGCGGAGCCUGAAUGUCGUCCUCAGUAG